AUGUUUUCUACAGUUACUCCCAUCUCUACCACCUUAUAUACACAGAUUAAAACCGGUCGACUGGUUCAUGGUGGUAUUGUUGAUCCGCCCGCGUUCUAUGUGCUGUUGCGUGUGUGGCGCACUUAUGACGCGUUAAAUUUCUCCUCACUGGCCUGUGUGAUUCAUCCAGAACCAGCUCCGCUACCUCUGGGCCAAGUCACCGCUCUUGGACCCGGUCGACCCACGGAUUUGUACGCGCUCCCUCCGGCCGAACCAAUUGAAUUUGUUCAGACAAACUUUUACGCACACGGGAUUCGCGGGAUGGGAGUACAGCUGGAAUUGGUACAGGCUCACGUGUAUGCAGGAUACCACUACUGA